GUCUCGGUUGGGCAGGACAAGCUUCGGGUCGUCGUUGCGCACGAGUUGGGAAAAAAGUAAAAACGAGCGUUGACUUCGAGAAGACAGCUAAAAUAAACUAAAGGAUUACAAACAUGAGCCGAACAACCACAUCUUCUUAUAAAAGGAUGUUCGGUGGCGAGCGACCAGGGAUGGCUCGGUCCACUUAUUCAAGUCGCCAGUAUAGUAGCCCGGUGCGCACAACAUCAUCCCGGGUGUCCUACAGCUCGUCUUCCGCGCCCAUCUACUUGUCCAAGGGCGCAAGAGUGCGCAGCAGCGCGCCUCUGCCCAGGUUGUCCACCGAUACUUUGGAUUUCGGGCUCGCUGAAGCCAUCAACACCGAGUUUAGAGCCAACCGAACCAAUGAGAAGGCUGAGAUGCAACAUCUUAAUGACAGAUUCGCCAGUUACAUAGAUAAAGUGAGAUUCCUGGAGCAGCAGAACAAGAUCUUGAUCGCGGAGCUAGAGCAGAUGAAAGGGAAAGGCACGUCCCGGGUCGGGGAUCUGUACGAGGAUGAGAUGAGAGAAUUGCGACGGCAAGUGGAUCAGCUCACCAACGAGAAGACCAGAGUCGAAAUUGACCGGGACAAUCUGGGAGAGGACAUAGAGCGCCUCAAAGAAAAACUUCAAGAAGAGGUGCUUCAGAAGGAGGAUGCUGAGAACAGCCUGAGGAGUUUCAGACAGGAUAUUGAUAACGCCUCCCUUGCUCGUCUGGACUUGGAGAGAAAAGUGGAGUCCUUGCAAGAGGAGAUUGCUUUCUUGAAGAAGCUUCAUGAUGAGGAACUUGCGGAGCUGCAGAUUCAGAUCCAGGAGCAACAUGUGCAGAUUGAUACGGAAGUGGCCAAACCUGACCUCACUGCGGCCCUGAAAGACGUUCGCCAGCAGUACGAGACUCUGGCUGCCAGGAAUGUCCAAGAAUCUGAGGAAUGGUACAAAUCCAAGUUUACUGACCUGUCAGAAGCUGCUGCUCGUAACACCGAGGCAAUUCGUCUGGCCAAGCAGGAAGCCAAUGACUACCGGCGUCAGCUUCAAUCACUCACUUGUGACUUAGAAGCUCACAAAGCAACGAAUGAGUCCCUGGAGCGUCAGAUGAGAGAGAUGGAGGAGAACUUUUCCAUCGAGGCAUCUGGUUAUCAGGACACCAUUGUGCGUCUAGAGGAUGAUAUCCGUAACAUGAAGGAUGAGAUGGCACGUCAUCUACGUGAAUACCAGGAUCUGUUGAAUGUUAAGAUGGCCUUGGAUAUUGAGAUCGCCACCUACAGGAAGCUGCUGGAGGGAGAAGAAAGCAGGAUCACCACACCUUUUCCCAACAUCACGUCAUUAAACCUACGAGAGUCCAUGAAGGAAACCAGACCUUUGAUUGACAACCUGUCUAAGAAAGUGGUGAUAAAGACCAUUGAGACAAGAGAUGGACAUAUAGUUAAUGAGUCCACCCAAAAUCAAGAUGAUCUGGAAUGAACUGGAUGUGAACCUGUGACCAGUAGGGGCACUGGAAAGCUGAAGAAGGCGGCACUGGAGUAGAACAAGAAAUGUAUUUCUGUUGUUUCUGUUAAAAGUUAAAAAAAAAAAAAAAAAAAAAACAGCUUUAAAGUGCCUUUUUGGCAUUGCCACACUAGAGAGGUAUGUUCAAUAGAUAUGUUUUAGAGCUGAAAAGACAAUGUAGGCCACUGAGUAAACCAGCUUUAUUCUGGUUUAUGUUUGCCACAAUGUCUGUAGUUUACACUGUUGAAGACCACAGCAAUACUGCUAGUUUUUUUCUGUUUUGUAUAAUUAUUGAAGUUGACCAAAAACUUGAUGAACUUGUGUCUCUUGCACCAGAAGAUGACCAAAAUGUCAUCAAAUUUCUACAAAUUCAAUAAACCUUUUCAAAAUUAA